AUCACGCCUAGGCUGCUAUUGGCCAGCGCAGGUCAUGUGAUCAAAACAGUGUCAUGGCGGCGUCCGCGGCGGUCCGGUCGGCCGUGAGUUUGACGCAGCGGUUUGUCCGAGUUUCACCGGACUGCAGCAUCUGUCCGCUCUACCGACUCAACGCGUGUACAGGAGCCAUCGACGGGUUUACCGCUCCGAACCGACGCCUGCGGACCAGCAUCGGUGUGUGUCAGAGUGCAGACAGCAGCUCACCGGAGGAGGACGAGCGAGUGGUUAAUGUGGUGUUCAUCGACCGCUCCGGACAGAGGAUUCCCGUCGAGGCGAGGGUCGGAGAUAACGCUCUUCACCUGGCGCACAAGCACGGCAUUGAACUGGAGGGCGCCUGUGAAGCGUCUCUGGCCUGCUCCACCUGUCACGUGUACGUCAGCAGCAAACACUAUGAGAAACUUCCAGAGCCUGAGGAACGGUGAGGAGAGUGUGUGUGAGUUUGUGUGUGUGUG